ACUCAUUUCAGAAAACUCCGAAUCAGUAAUUGAACAACAACAACAGAAGCCAAAGUGAAAAUGUACGGAAAUAACGGCAUUAUUUUAGCAAUGUGCAUUCAAAUCCUGAAUGCAAUAUCAGUAAAUGAAGCUUUUACAGUGGAGUUGUUUCCAUUAAAGCCCGUGGUUCAUGUUGGCAGUGCUCUGGAGUUAAUCUGUCGCGUGAAAGAUUGUGCGGGUGACGCCACCUUCACCUGGAGUGCUCUUGGAGACAAGUCUCACGGUGGAGAUAUUGAGGACAACCGCACUGUUUCCCGACUCAUCUUCAGCAACAUCUUACCUGAACACAGUAAAAGAAUUGUGUGCAAAGCUCAAUGCUCAGGAAAACCGAAGCAGAGUAACUCUGACGUGCAGGUGUAUUCAUUUCCUACAGAUCCUGUGGUACCCAGAAUAAAACAUUUAAAAGCAAACCAAGUUCAAAGGCUCAACUGCACCAUCCACAACAUUUACCCUGCAGAAAAUUUUAAAAUUGAGUGGAUUAGUGGAGAUGAGAUCAUUUACGCUGUAAAACUUGACGAUUCUGGGUCAGGGGACUAUAACAAUGUUCAGAAUGUCUCCUCUACGUUCAACUACACUCCUUCUAUCACUGAUCUGGGCAAGAAUAUCAGCUGCAGGGCAACACUCAAUCUCCCUGAUUUCCCUACUAAGUCAUACAGAUCAAAUCGUACAACAACUCUUGAAUAUGGACCUGGAACAAUUAACGUUUCCAGUAAUAAUGCAAUAGUACAGCUCGGGGAACAUCUGGAGAUAACAUGUCAUGCCGAUGGAAAUCCUCAACCAAAAAUCCUGUGGCGGAAAUUUGGGGAGAGCAAUCCCAUAGCUGAGGGCCAGAAUGAGAAGCUGGUAAUAAACAAUGCUUCCUCAUCUCAGGCAGGUCAGUACGAGUGUGAAGCAAGAAAUGAGGUGGGGAGCCUACGAAUGCCAGUGAACAUUCAAGUUCCUCCAAAGAUCCCCAAAAUCCCUUUAACAGUGGAGUUGUUUCCAUUAAAGUCCGUGGUUCCUGUUGGCAGUGCUCUGGAGUUAAACUGUCACGUGAAAGGUUGUCCGGGUGACGCGAGCUUCUUCUGGAGUGCUCUUGAAAACAGAUCUCACAGUGUAGAUGUUGACAGCAACCAGACUGUUUCCCGACUGCGCUUCAGCAACAUCUUACCUGAACACAGUAAAAGCAUUGUGUGCAAAGCUGGUUGCAUGGAAGUCAUGCAGCAGAAAACCGCUGUCGUGCAGGUGUAUUCAUUUCCUACAGAUCCUGUGGUACCCAGAAUAAAACAUUUUAAAGCUAACCAAGUUCAAAGGCUCAACUGCACCAUCCACAACAUUUACCCUGCAGACAAGUUUAUAAUUGAGUGGAUUCGUGGAGAUGAGACCCUUCAGAAGUAUUCUCCUAACAUAACUUAUCCUGAAAAUGUUCAAAAUUUCUCCUCUACGUUCGACUACACUCCUUCUGUCACUGAUCUGGGCAAGAAUAUCAGCUGCAGGGCAACACUCAAUCUCCCUGAUUUCCCUAUUGAGUUGUACAGAUCAAGUCGUACAACAACUCUUGAAUAUGGUCCUGGAACAGUUACAGUUUCCAGUAAUAGCUCAAUAGUACAGCUUGGGGCACAUCUGGAGAUAACAUGUCAAGCAGAUGGAAAUCCUCAACCAAAAAUCCUGUGGCGAAAAAUUGGGGAGAGCAAUCCCAUAGCUGAGGGCCAGAAUGAGAAGCUGGUAAUAAACAAUGCUUCCUCAUCUCAGGCAGGUCAGUACGAGUGUGAAGCAAGAAAUGAGGUGGGGAGCCUACGAAUGCAGGUCAUAGUUCAAGUUCCUCCAAAGAACCCCAAAAUCCAGCUGGAGGAUGGUUUAGAUCCAAGUAAAGGAGAUAACAUAACCAUACUCUGUUCCUCAGACAGUGGACAAGCAACACUCAAAUUGUCUGGAAAUAUCAAAGUAGCAGAAGUGCUGAACGGGUUAGCCGUGUUUUUAACCUACCAUCCGUUACAACAGCAGAUGCAGGGGUUUAUGUUUGUAAAGCUAAAAAAUGACUUGGGGAUCAAGAGAAGCAAAAUCAACAAUACAGUUAAAGCAAAUGACGCUUUUAAAGUGGAGUUGUUUCCAUUAAAGCCCUCGGUUCCUGUUGGCAGUGCUCUGGAGUUAAACUGUCGCGUGAAAGAUUGUGCGGGUGACGCGAGCUUCUCCUGGAGUGCUCUUGGAGACAAUUCUCGCGGUGGAUAUGUUAAGGACAACCACACUGUUUCCCGACUGAUCUUCAGCAACAUCUUACCCAAACACAGUAACACAAUUGUGUGCAAAGCUUAUUGCUUAAGAAAACCGCGACAGAAAACCUCUGUCGUGCAGGUGUAUUCAUUUCCAACAGCUCCUCAGCUAGCCAGAAUAAAACAUUUCAAAGCAAACAAAGUACAAAUGCUCAGCUGCACCAUCCACAACAUUUACCCCUCAGAAAAUGUUAAAAUUGAGUGGAUUCGUGGAGAUGAGACCUUUCAUGAGGAAGUGCCUGACAAAUAUGAUUAUGAAAAUGUUCAGAAUUUCUCCUCUACGUUCGACUACACUCCUUCUGUCACUGAUCUGGGCAAGAAUAUCAGCUGUAGGGCAACACUCAAUCUCACUGAUUUCAAUAUGGGCGUUUUAAGUAAAACAACAACUCUUGAAUAUGGACCUGGAACAAUUAUCGUUUCCAGUAAUAGCUCAAUAGUACAGCUUGGGGAACAUUUGGAGAUAACAUGUCAUGCAGAUGGAAACCCUCAACCAAAAAUCUUGUGGUGGAAAAUUGGGGUGAUCAAUCCCAUAGCUGAGGGCCAGAAUGAGAAGCUGGUAAUAAACAAUGCUUCCUGGUCUCAGGCAGGUCUGUACGAGUGUGAAGCAAGAAAUGAGGUGGGGAGCUUACGAUGGCCAGUGAAGAUUCAAGUUCCUCCAAAGAGCCCUAAAAUCCAGCUGGAGGAUGGUGUAGACCCAAGUGAAGGAGAUAACAUAACCAUACUCUGUUCCUCAGAGAGUGGACCAACAACACUCAAAUUAUCUGGAAAAAAUCAAGUAGUAGAAGUGCUGAACGGGUUAUCCGUGUUUUUGAACCUUUUAUCUGUUACAACAGCAGAUGCAGGGGUUUAUGUUUGUGAAGCUAAAAAUGACUUUGGGGUGAAGAGAAGCAUAAUCAAAAUUAAAGUUAAAGGAGAACUAACGGACAUUUCCACGACACCAGACCUACCAACAGUCAUAGUGCCAGCUGUAGGGUCAGUGUCACUUUUGACCGCCAUAGCUGUGCUGAUCCGAUACAUUAGGAAAAUCAGGAGAUAUUCUGUCAACAUACCAAUGAACUAAACCAAUAAUCUUGACACCAUGACAAUGCAACAUCAUCUGUGGAUUUUUAUUUAUACAAUUUCUCAUAAACAGGUAUGGAUACAUUGCUGAGCUGUAUUUGUUAUUUAGGUACUUUGAAUAAAUACAAUCAAUUUACAUAACUGCAUAGUUACAUUAAAUAAAUAAGUAAAAAUAAUACAUAGUAUAUUAAGGGAUAAUGUAAAUAAUAAAUUUAAGAAGUAUAUGUGUAUUG